UUCUUCCUCGUAACAUCUCUCUCUUCUUAACCUGAAUUUUCUCUCACCCAUCCACCGGAGGAAUUUGGCCGUCAACUACUUCUCCGUGGCCGUGCCCUAGAGAUUUUGAUCUUAAUCACAUCUGGCCAGCUAAAAGAAUGAAACGAAAAUGAGAUUGAACUCGGAAUCAUUCGACUUUUUUCAGUUAUUCUUCUCAAUUUCCGCAGGAUCGAAUGGGAACUCCGCCUCCUUUGAUCUCCUUCUUCUUCCUCCUCAUUUCUCUCGUCGUUCUUGUUAACGCUGAUACUGAUCUAAGGAUACCUCCUUUGACUCCGAUCAAUCGCGAUCUCUACCAUUCCAGUGACGCCUUGAUGGCGCAAAUAAAAGCGUUGGUAAGACGUCAUCCAGACAAGCUCAAUUUGGACUCUUUUGGUAGCACAAGUAGGGAAUAUCAUGCAGAGAUGAAUGUUGUUACUUAUUGCCGGAACAGAACGGAGAUUGAUGACAGGUCAAAGUUGAGGAUUCUUCUUAGUUUUGGUCAGCAUGGAAGGGAGCUUAUUACCUCAGAGGUUGCAUUUCGACUCUUAUCCAUCUUAAGUGAAGAGCAAUUUCUACCCAGUAUAGAUCCUGCUUCUUUGAACAAAACCCUUGACAGAAUUGUUGUAAAGGUGGUGCCAAUGGAAAAUUUUAAUGGUCGCAAAAUUGUUGAAGCAGGAGAUCUUUGUGACAGAAGAAAUGGAAGAGGGGUUGAUUUAAAUCGAAAUUGGGCUGUGGACUGGGGCAAAAAAGAGAAGGAUUAUGAUCCAUACGAAGAAAAUCCAGGCGUUGCUCCAUUUAGUGAGCCUGAGUCCCAAAUAAUGCAAAAACUAAGCAUGUCAUUUGAACCACACAUAUGGGUCAAUGUGCAUUCAGGGAUGGAGGCAUUAUUUAUGCCCUAUGAUCACAAAAAUACAACUCCUGAUGGAUUGCCUUCUCGUAGAAUGAGAUUGUUGCUUGAUUAUUUGAAUAACCGACACUGUAAUAACCGUUGCAUUGUUGGAUCGGGGGGUGGUUCAGUUGGGUAUCUUGCUCAUGGAACUGCUACAGAUUACAUGUACGAUAUUGCAAAGGUCCCAAUGGCUUUCACCUUCGAGAUCUAUGGAGAUAUGACAGCAUCAUCAAAGGAUUGCUUCAAAAUGUUCAAUCCUGUGGAUCUUCCAACCUUUAAUAGAGUUCUGAAUGAUUGGUCCGGUGCAUUCAUGACAAUGUUCAACUUGAGCGUAAACCAGAUAAUGAAUAAUAGGUCUUUUGAGGGGUCGGACGAGUUGUUGUCAAUGGACGAUUAUCUAAAUGGUUAUUUGGUAGGGGGGAGAAGGAGUAGUAGGAAUGGAAAGAAAACCGAGGUUUUGGAGCUUGGUAUGCAGGAAAUAAGAACAUAUUUCAGGCUCUUCUUGUUGUCAUGUGUGCUCUUGAUGUUUAUGUUCUGUUCUAGGAUCUCAAAGAACAACAAUAGACAAAUGGUUCCCAACAUCCCAAUUUAGCCAUUUCUAUUUACUCAGAUCUCUCUCUCAUUUCAAAGGAGAAGAUUAGAGAUUUUAUAUGCAGAAAUUUUUACUUGUAAGUUAACUUCAGAAUGAUUACAUUAUAUUUUUUAUUUAUGAAUAUGAUUUUCUAUUUCAAAACUA